GUACGGAACAUUUUAACCCAUUCGAUUUUCCUAUAUCGACGCCAAGUAUUUUUUUUUUGCUUCCACCUUUAAACUGCCAGGUUGCUUAAAAGUAUAACAGAAGAAUCAUUUUCGUCGCGUAAACAUCAUCGCCGUUUUGUUGUCGUGUCGGAAGAAUUGCUAUUGACAUUUAUUCGUGAAUACCCGUACCUUUGCUAAUGGAUGAUGAUACAAUUGCUUUUGGCGAAGAGGAUGAAACGGGUCAAAGCAACAAUAAACUUAAACAUCCAUAUGUUACCAUGUUUCAUUUAGCCUUCAGAAUAGCAGCGAUAGUAUCCUAUAUGUUAUGUGGAUGGUUUUCAAAUAGUUUCAUAACUAGUUUCGUAGUCGUUGUAUUGCUUUUGUCAAUGGACUUUUGGACUGUUAAAAAUAUCACUGGAAGGCUAAUGGUUGGCCUUAGAUGGUGGAAUUACGUGGAUGACAACGGAAAAAGUCACUGGGUAUUUGAAUCCAAAAAGGGUGUUCAACAGAACCGUAUUAAUACCACAGAAGCGCGUAUCUUUUGGUUGGCCUUAAUUCUCUGUCCACUUUUGUGGUCGGUGUUUUUUGUGGCGGCCUUGUUUAGUUUGAAAUUUAAGUGGCUGUUGCUCGUUUGCAUCGCAAUCGUUUUAAAUAGUGCAAAUUUAUAUGGAUACGUAAAAUGCAAAAUGGGAAACGAUAAAAAUAUUUCUACUGCCACCAGCGACUUUUUAAGAAAACAGGUCAUACAAAAUGUUGCGUCCAUGAUGACCAGGAGUCCACCGGCGGGUAAUCCGAGUGCACCAACUAAUGUGAUAUAAGAAUAGAAAUUUUCAGCCAUGAUAUUAUUUAAGGAAAACAUUGCCGUAAUAAGUAUCAUCAUGAGAACUGUCGACUUGUAUAUAAUGAUGCGAAUAAUUGUAUAUCUUGAUGAAAUAAAAUAAAAUAAAAUUGCUAUUGAAAA